AAUUACUCUGCGAAAAUAUUUAUGGCAAUAAUACAGUGUUAUAAAUUAAAGACCUUUGUAGAUUACAAUAAGCCCAUUUCCCGUUGAUAAAAAUUAAUAACAAAUGUUUUUCAAGUGACCGUUUAAUUCCGGCGAUUAUGACACAUGACAGUUUCAAAAUUCAGUUUCAUUCCGGCUGCUACUGAGAAGCGGCGUGUUCUUCAAAUAUUUUCCUAAUAUUUUAGAGAAUAUUCCUUAGCAAUUACUUAAUUAUACCAAAGUUUAUCAUGCCGCCCACCGACAGUACACCUGGCAUCAAAAGCGCUUCUGGUUUCGAGCACCUAUAUUCACUGAAAGCCUACAACAAAAUCCCAUUGCAUGAGUACAAAUCAACUAAAACGGGAUUAACUGUGAUUGUUGCUGAAGUUGAAGGGCCUAUAGUCAAUGGGUACUUCUGCCUAGUAACUGAAGCAUUGGAUGAUGAUGGUUUGCCUCAUACAUUGGAACAUCUGGUAUUUCUUGGCAGUGAGGAAUAUCCAUACAAAGGAGUUCUUGAUUUACUAGCCAACAGGUGCUUGGCUUCUGGUACAAAUGCAUGGACUGAUGUGGAUCACACCUGCUACACCAUGGAGACUGCAGGCAGUGAGGGUUUCCUCACUUUGCUACCAAUUUAUCUUGAUCACAUUUUAUACCCUAUUCUGACUGAUGAAGGAUUUGUGACUGAAGUCCAUCAUGUUACUGGAGAAGGUGAAGAUGCAGGAGUAGUCUACUGUGAAAUGCAAGGAAGAGAAAACAGUGCUGAAUCUAGAAUGCAUUUGACCAUGGCUAGGAAGAUCUAUCCUGGUGAAUGUGGAUAUUCAUCUGAAACAGGUGGAAUCAUGAAGAAUUUGAGAGAAAGUUGCAGUAAUACUAAGGUACGAAAUUAUCACAAGGAGUUCUACCGGCCUGAAAAUCUCAAGUUAAUCAUCACUGGUCAAAUAAAACCUGAAGAAGUUUUCCAAGCAUUAGAAAAACUAGAGGAUAAAAUCCUCGCGAAAGGCCCCAGGGGUGAAUUUAUCCGUCCAUGGCAAAAACCAGUUCCGCCAUUUAAAACUGCUGAAGACCUGGUAGUUAAAUACCCAUCCGAUGAGGAGAACAACGGAAUGUUUGGGGUCGCCUGGCGUGGUCCACCCGCUGUCGGCGAUCAGUAUGCAUUGUCCGCAGUUGGCAUCCUCAUGAAAUAUCUGUCUGAUUUAUCAAUCAGUUCUUUACAAAAAGAAUUCAUUGAAAUACCCGAGCCGUAUGCAAGUCGAGUUUCGUACAGUAUUCAAGAAAAUGCUGAAUCAUGCGUGUAUUUCUUUUUCCACAACGUGCCGGCUAAUAAAUUGGCAUUGGUCAAGCCUAAACUCGACCAAGUUUUGAAGCAAAUUGCUGAUGAUGAGGAUAUUCACAUGGAGCAGAUGAAAAACGUCAUCAACAGGCAUAUUCAGGAGAGUUUGAGUAGCGUUGAAGUCAAUCCUCAUCAUACUGUGGCUUUUAUGGUGAUUGGACACAUGUUGUAUGGAAACACCAAAGAAGAUUUGGAGCAAAGAGUGAAUCCAAUCGUUGAUUUGAAAAAGAUGUUGGACGAGCCGAAGUCUUUCUGGGUUUCAUUACUGAAACAAUACUUUGUCGAUAACAUCCAGCUGGCGAUUCAGGGAGUGCCUAGUAUACAAGAACAAGCGUCGAUGGCAAGCGAUGAGAAAGCUCGCAUUGAACAACAAAUUAAAGAUUUAGGCGAAGAGGGCCUGAAGAAAAAGGAUGAAAUGUUAGAGAAAGCAAUCGCUUAUAACGAACGCCCACCUCCUGAUUCCAUGUUGCAAUCUGUGCCUAUACCUAGUGUUAAAAGCAUCAGUUUCCAUUCUAUUGAACGUUUUUCGUCGAAGAGUGAGGAUAAAUCCAGGAUUGACUUGAGCAAAACACCUGUAUUCACGUAUUUUGAUCACAUUAAGAGCAACUUUGUUUAUAUGUUUGCUUUAUUGGAUACAUCUAAAUUAAACGCAGAACAACGUAUGUUCUUACCGAUUCUUCUCGAAACCAUUCAAGAGUCAGCAAUUCGUCGCGGUGAAACAGUCAUACCAAGGGAUCAAGUCAUCGCUCAGAUGAACGUUGAUUUAGUGUCUUGGACUGCGACGAUUGGUUUAGGCGGUGGCAACGCUUCUUCUUUCAAAGUUGGGCCGCAUUCGCAAACCGCCACGCUUACAGUGCAAGUGGAAUGCGCUAAAUAUGCGAAAGGAAUCGCUUGGUUGCGAGAAUUCCUGUAUGAAACCGUCUUUGAUGUGGAAGUGCUGAAGAUUAUGGCUAACAAGAUGGCGAACAAUAUUGCGCAGUUGAAACGUAAUGGCAGGAGUAUGGUUGCCUAUGCUAUGAAAGCAAUGAUCUAUAAUAAAGACAGCAACAUUCAAGCAAAUGGUAUUCUAUCCCAACAUGCUUUCUUAACCAAGCUCUUGGAGCAGCUGGAUUCAGACGAGUCAAAAUCUGUGAUUGAAACAUUCGAGUCGAUUCGUAAAAUAAUCACUUCUCCUGAUAAUGUUGUGUUGUAUUGUGCGGGUAAUGUGGAUUUGGUUAAUGGUGCAGCUGAGUUAUUGGAUGAUUUCCUGCCGAAAUCUCUUAAUGAAUUGCAGACACAAAAACCACUUCAUGUGACACCGGAUUAUUCAUUGCUCUUGGAAAACCUUGCAACCGACUCGCCAGCCAAUUGUAUCAUUGGCAUGGGUUGUUUGGAAUCUUCAUUCUUCUAUCAGGCCACACCAAGCAUCAAAGACUUUAAUGAUCCUGACUAUCCAGCAUUGAUGCUUUAUUUGCAAUAUUUAAUUCAGUGUGAGGGUCCUUUAUGGAAACAAGUGCGUGGUAAAGGUUUAUCAUACGGCUACACAAUGUCUUUGAAGCCUAACGAAGGUUUACUCUACUUGGUCUUCAUAAAAUCCACCAACGUAGUCGGCGCAUACAAGGAGUCCCAAGAUAUUGUCACCCAACAACUGCAGGAGAAGAAAUGGGACGCCAAUUUGUUUGAAUCAGCGAAAAGUUCGCUCAUUUUUGAAUUGAUUGAUAAUGAGAAGACUAUUGGUUCG